ACGGAAUUUCCGAGUAGCCCUGAAGGCAGCAUUUUCUCCGCAUCAACCUGCCCAGUAUUAGUUAGCCGUCCGUUUGUCUGUCGCACAGGUGUGUGUUGACUCGUCCUUUUGUGUCAAAUGUCGAAAACUCCAGAUGAAAAACUAAAUGCCCGAUGACUGGAAUAUUUCCCCGGACUCCUAAAACAGACGGACUGUUUGCGGACACUGUGGGAACAAAAAACAAAGCAGAGCUAACCGCCGUAACGUUAACAUGUUAGCCCCAGCACGACAGGUGCACCGCGGCUUCGAGAUUUGAGAUUUUAGCCUCAUCGUGUGUGAUACAGACAGCGUUUAAAGCUCUGGAAAUCAGUAUUUCAGCUUUGUACGAAGACAACCUAUAAGUACCUGCAUAAUCAGGUUUCAGCAACCUGACAUCUACAAAGGGUGAAGUUCUACAUCAGGAAAUCUGCAGCCUCCUUUCCCUCUCCCCCUCCACCCGUGUUCUGCCUCUCCAUCUCUCCAAUUAUCCCUCUCCUCUCCCUUUUCUUCCCACCUCCAUCUCUCUCUUGCAGCCAUCUUAUCUCCUAUCCCCACCACUUCCUUAUCGCCUUUUUCCCCUUCUAUCCAUCCUCAGCUAUCUCAUCACUUUUUCAUCAUCUCCAGCUCACCUCUCUGACCUCACAGUCUGAAUACGGACAUGGCCUCAGCCCAGUUGGAGCAGUCCAGCGUCCUGCAGGAGGAACUCACCUGCCCAGUGUGCCUGGACCUGUACCGCGACCCCUACUUGCUUCCUUGCGGCCACAACUUCUGCAAGACCUGCCUGGACCGCCUAAAGCGGCAAGCGGAUAGAGGUCGCUUCCGCUGCCCAGAGUGCCGCGACAGCCACCGGUGUGGCACCAACUUUCAGAAAAACUUCAAACUAGCCAAUAUUGCUGAUGACUACCGUCACCGGCGCAGAGCUACCACUGCAGCUGCUACAGCUUUAAAAUCCAGAGAAUUGCUGUCAUCUUCUCUGGCAGCGCAGCAAGCCAGGAGUGCGUUUGCUGUUCCAUGUGACUACUGCCCCUCAGUCGCCGCCGAGGCAUCGGGCACCAGUGUUGCCGGGGACGGGUUUUCUGGUGCUUCUGUUUCUCAGGAAGGGGGUGGCAAGCAGGAAGCCGCUGCCGCCGCCGUUGCAUCGAUGUUUGCGGUCAAGACGUGUCUGAAGUGUGAGGUGUCGAUGUGUCAGGAGCAUGUAAAGCCACAUCUGGAACUGCCGGCGUUCCGCGAGCACCCGCUGACAGAACCGAUGAAUGACUUCUGGAAGAGGAAGUGCCCAGAUCACGAUGAGAUAUACAGGUAUUACUGCAUGGAUGACAAGGUGUGCGUGUGCAACGCCUGCACCAUAGAAGGAGGACACUCUGGACACACAAUCAAGACCCUGAAAAACACGAUGAAAGAUCUCAAGGGCACGCUGGAUAAGCAGCUGUACAGGGUUGAGAGGAAGUACAGCAUGGCAGAGAGAAAACUCCAGGAGCAGAAGGAGAAGGAGAGACAGAAUAAGAAGUUUAUGGAUGACUCUGAGCAGGGCUUGACCAGGCUGGGUGAGGAGAUGAAGGCCAAAGUACUCCGCUUCGUCACCAGAUUGCGGGAAUGCACACGCACUCACUGUGACACCAACGGGCCUGCGAUUCAGAAGAACAUCUCCAGGAUCUGCCAGGACCAGGCCCGUCUCCAGGAGGUCCGCUGUGGCAUCGAAAGCCUCAUGGCGGAAAACGACCCUUUCCGCUUCAUCGAGGCUUACAAGACAACAGGAAAACAGUGCCGUAGGCAACUAAGAAAAAACAUGUUCUACCCAGAAUACGUCGACAUGGAGACGGAGGUUCUUGGAGUGAUGAUGGAAGAAGAAAUGAGAAAAUUCCUUGAUGAGGAACUACCGUGUCACAUUGUUGCUGUCAUUAGUACCGUGUGUCAGCUUUCAGAUCUUGAGGAGGAAGAGGAGGAGGAGCAGGAGGAGAAUGAGGAAGAGACUGUGGAGGAGGACGAUGAUGACGACGACGACGACGACCUCGAUGACAGCAGCGUGGAGGAAAUGAGGAGUGAGGGGGAGGAGGAGGAAGAUGAGGAUGAGGAAGAUGAGGAGGAAGGACAUGACCAGAGUGAGCUGGCUGAUGAUCUUUACAGCCCGGAGGAGGAAGAGGAAGAAGAGGACGAGGAUGGAGAAGAGGACGACGAGGAAGAGAGAGGGGUUUAACCGAGGACGUGAUUUUUUUUUACAUAUAUUACACCUAUUAAAGCACUUUGGAUUUGAUCCGUAACUGGGGUUGAGUGCAACAGAUGUUAAACAUCUGUUUUAGUGUUGCACCCAUCUUCUCUUUGAAUGUCCCAUGUACAGUUAAGAGCUCUAGCAGCUACCACAUUUUGCCUCAAACGCUGAGAUGACAUACUGGAUGAUAACAGAGCUUUGAUUCAGCUGGAUUUAAAACUAACUGUGCACUGAGAAUCUCAUGCGAAGAGAAUCUCAAUGUGAACCUCAUGCUAAACCUGUGUUGCAUACCGCUAAACUUAAUGAAGGUGCUUUAUAUUAGAAGCCGUUUGCUGUAUAUGUACACACACGGAUGUGAAUGUAUAAUGACAGAAUGUGGCUGGAAGGACUCAAACACUUCAAACUGAAUUUGACAAAACAUCUGCAAGUCUGUGAUGCCAGAGUUUCUACCAUUUUGCUAAACAUUUUACAAAAUGUGAGGAAUUUGCCUAAACAGUAUUGACAGAUGUGAUCUAAUUUGUUUUAAGAACUUUCACCUGUUCACCUGAAUUUUUGAUACAACAGGUGCUAUGCAUAGAGAACUUCUGAAAUAAUUUUCCUUAAAUGUUCUAAGCAUAUAUAAGAAAAUAUUUGAAUUCCUUGAAUUUCCCAGUUUUCCAUCACCAUAGAAAGCCUUUUGAUCAGUACCUUUGUAAACAGGCCAAGAUUUUGGCAAUAUAAUUGACCUGAAGGAGAGUGAACACGCAAGGUUAGUAACAAUCUACUUGAAUGAGCCCUGCGUGUAUGGAUUGUUGUGAUUGUUUCAUUCGUGCUAGAGUUAAACAUUGCAAGCCAAAGAGUGAGGAUGGGCGUGUGUGUGUGUGCAUGGAUACUUUGAAAAGUUUGUUUGCUUGGCAUGAUGUUAGAAAAAGAAAUGCAAUGUGUUUAACAGUUGACAUAGGCUACAGGUUGACUUUGCUUUUCAUAGUUGUGCUUUAAAAGUAGUUCAUGCAUUGUUUAAAAAAAGUCAAAUGUUCCUAUGCACAAGUUCAUACAUUAUCCUCAAAAUAUCAGUUUCAGGUGAUGAGGAAUUUUGCACUUUACUACAACAAAUGCUAUGUUAGGCCUGAAAUAUUUAAAUGUUAAAAGUCAAUUUUUAUUUUGAUACAAGUGAUUUUGUGAGGGGCCAAACUAAAAUAAUUAAUACAUAAUAAUAAAGCCUGUUGAAAUGUG